CGGCGGCAUCAGCGAUGGGCAGCGGCGGGCGGCGGCUGCUGGCACUGCUGGCGGCGACUUCGCUGCUGUGCGUGCCGGGGCAGGGCCAGCCCCGAGGUCUGUUCCCUGCCAUUUUGAACCUGGCCAGCAAUGCUCACAUCUCCACCAAUGCCACCUGUGGAGAGAAGGGACCAGAGAUGUUCUGCAAGCUGGUAGAGCAUGUUCCCGGACGGCCCCUGCGCAACGCUCAGUGCCGCGUCUGUGACAGUCACAGUGCCAAUCCCAAAGAGCAGCACCCAAUUUCCAGUGCAAUCGAUGGCACCAAUAACUGGUGGCAGAGUCCCAGCAUUCAGAAUGGAAGGCAAUACCACUGGGUCACCAUCACCUUGGAUUUAAGGCAGGUCUUUCAAGUUGCAUAUGUCAUCAUCAAAGCCGCUAAUGCUCCACGACCUGGAAACUGGAUUUUGGAACGCUCCAUAGAUGGCACGGAAUUCAGACCAUGGCAGUACUAUGCAAUUAGUGAUACUGAAUGUUUAACUCGUUACAAUAUUACACCAAGAAUUGGGCCGCCAACUUACAAGAGGGAUGAUGAAGUGAUCUGCACCUCCUAUUAUUCCAGACUAGUUCCUCUGGAACAUGGAGAGAUUCACACGUCACUGAUCAAUGGUAGGCCUAGUGCUGAUGAUCCUUCACAGAAGCUGUUGGAAUUUACUUCUGCAAGAUACAUUCGCCUUCGACUGCAGCGUAUUAGAACUCUGAAUGCUGACCUCAUGACUCUCAGCCAUAAUGAUCCUAAGGAACUAGACCCCAUUGUUACCAGAAGGUACUACUAUUCAAUAAAGGACAUUUCUGUUGGUGGCAUGUGUAUUUGUUAUGGCCAUGCUCAAAGCUGCCCUUUGGAUGAAAUCACAAAGAAAUUGCAGUGCCAGUGUGAACACAACACAUGUGGAGAGAGCUGUAACAAGUGCUGUCCAGGCUACCACCAGAAACCAUGGAGACCAGGAACUCUUUCUGCUGGGAACAAAUGUGAGAAAUGCAACUGUCAUAACAAAGCAGAAGAUUGUUAUUACAACCAGAGUAUUGCAGAUCAGAAAAGGAGCAUGGAUAUUCAUGGCCAGUUUAUAGGAGGUGGUGUGUGUUUAAACUGUACUCAACAUACUACUGGGAUCAACUGUGAAAUGUGUGCUGAUGGAUAUUUUAGACCACACAAAGUUUCUCCCUAUGAGGAUCACCCCUGCUAUCCCUGUGACUGUGACCCGUUUGGCUCUCUGAGUUCUGUCUGUGUUAAAGAUGAGCACCAUUCUGACUCUCAGCGUGGCACUUGGCCAGGCCAGUGUCAGUGCAGGGAAGGUUAUGCAGGAGAAAAAUGUGAUCGUUGUGCAUUUGGCUAUCGGGGCUACCCAAACUGCCUGCGUUGUAACUGCAGCCUGCUUGGUAGCAUCAAUGAAGAUCCAUGCACAGAGCCUUGUCUUUGCAAAGAAAAUGUAGAAGGUGAAAACUGUGAUCUCUGUAAACCAGGAUUCUACAAUUUGCAAGAAAGAAAUCCUCAGGGCUGCACGGAGUGUUUUUGCUUUGGUGUUUCUGACGUCUGUGACAGUCUUACAUGGCCCAUCAGUCAGAUUUCAGACAUGACUGGAUGGCUUGUUACUGAUCUGUACAAAGCAAGGAGUGUGCAGCCUCAGCGAAGCCAAUUUGAUGGACCCUAUCAAAUAAGUAUUAACAACACUGAGGCUGUGAAAGUACUGAAAAAUACUUAUUACUGGUCAGCACCUGAGGCAUAUCUAGGAAAUAAACUCACAGCUUUUAGUGGAGAAUUGAAGUAUACGGUAUCUUACGACAUUCCAAUGGAGAGUGUGGACAGUGAUAUAGUGUCUAGUGUGGAUGUCAUCAUUCAGGGUAACGGGCAGAUUCUGAGUACAAGAGCAGCGGGCUUGUCAUUACAGCCAUAUGAGGAGUAUUCUAGUUCAGUAAGACUUGUACCAGACAAUUUCAUAGAAUUUAAUACAAAAAAGGCAAUAGACCGAGAAAUGUUGAUGACUGUUCUGGCAAAUGUGACCCAUCUUCUGAUCAGGGCCAACUACAACAUUGCCAAAAAGGCUGUGUACAGGCUGGAUGCUGUGACCCUGGAUACUGCAAGUGCAAAUGUUAUAGAUCUUUCUUCAGCUCCAGAUGUGGAAUUCUGUGAAUGUCCUCAGGGUUACACAGGAUUAUCCUGUGAGUCCUGUCUGCCUGGGUACUACCGUGUGGAUGGAAUACUCUUUGGAGGUAUUUGUCAGCCCUGCAAGUGCAAUGGGCAUGCAACUGAGUGUGACAUUCACGGUGUUUGCUUUGCUUGUCAACACAACACAACAGGACCUUUUUGUGAUCAGUGCUUGCCUGGUUUCUAUGGAAAUCCAUCCCAAGGAACAUCUGAGGACUGCCGGCCCUGUGCAUGUCCUCUGAGUUCUGCUGCAAACAAUUUCAGUCCCACUUGCCAGCUGAGUGAAGAAGGUGGAAUUGUCUGUGACAAAUGUCUUCCAGGCUAUACUGGUUCUCAAUGUGAAAGGUGUGCUAAUGGGUACUAUGGGAAUCCUCUCAUGGCUGGGCAGUCGUGUGCUCCAUGUGAAUGCAAUGGCAAUGUAAACCCUCAAGAGGAGGGCCACUGUGAUCCCUUCACAGGACAGUGCCUGAAAUGUCUGGGAAACACAGCAGGUCACCACUGUGAGAAGUGUGCUGAUGGCUAUUAUGGGGAUGCAGUGAUUAAGAAAAACUGUCGUGCCUGUGCCUGCCACGUGAAUGGUUCCCUUUCAAGUACUUGUCAACCUGAGACAGGUGUCUGCUCCUGCAAAUCGAAUGUAAUUGGAGAAAGAUGUGAUAAAUGCUUGAAUGGGUAUUAUGGGCUGCUUACUGGGCUUGGCUGUGUUCCCUGCAACUGCAGUCAGUUUGGCUCGGUGUCUGAGGACUGCAAUCAUCAGGGGCAGUGUCACUGUGUGCCAGGAGUGGCUGGAGAGAAGUGUGAUCGUUGUGCUCAUGGCUUUUACGCAUUCCAGGAUGGUGGCUGCACACCCUGUGACUGUGCCCAUACUCAGAACAACUGUAAUGCUGAUUCUGGCCAAUGCAUUUGUCCCCCUCACACUCAGGGACAAAAGUGUGAACUCUGUGAAGAAAAUUACUGGGGACUCUCUCCUAAACUUGGUUGUAAGGCUUGCAACUGUAGCAGCACUGGUUCAACCAACCUCCAGUGCGAUGUGUUGACAGGUCAAUGCCAGUGCAAAACUGAAUUUGGAGGACGAGACUGCUCCAGGUGUGCCUUGGGCUACAGGGACUACCCGGACUGUGUUGCCUGUGACUGUGACUUGAGUGGAACCAAAGCGGAGACGUGUAAUGGCACCGAAGGAGUUUGUGGCUGUGAAGAAGAAACUGGUGUCUGUACCUGCAAGGAAAAUGUUUUUGGUCUACAAUGCAGUGAGUGUAAACCUGGAACUUUUGGUCUGUCUGCUAACAAUGCACUAGGAUGUUCUCCAUGCUUCUGUUUUGGCAUGUCCACAUCCUGUUCAGAACUAGAAGACCAUGUGAGAAUCCCUAUAACAUUAACUCCAGAUCAGGCUAUUCUGCAUGUAGUAGCUCCAAGUAACCUGACUGGAACAGUGGAAGGAGUAUUUGCACAAUUUCCAGAUGUUUUAUUGGAUGCUGCCAUAGUCAGAAAAUACUUAAAUACAGAAACAUUUUACUGGAAGUUGCCAGAGCAGUUUCAGGGAGACCAGCUCAUGGCCUAUGGAGGGAAGCUGAGAUAUACUGUUGCCUUUUAUGCUUUGGAUGGCUUUGGAACCUCAAAUUUUGAGCCACAGAUUCUAAUGAAAGGAGGUCACACCAGCAAGUUUGUUAUCUAUGUAGACAUCCCUUCUCCAGAAAAUGGAGUAAGAACUGACAAGGAAGUAGAAAUGAAGGAGGAUUCUUGGAAGUAUUUUAACUCUGUGUCUGAUGAGCCUGUCUUACGUUCUGACUUCAUGUCUGUGCUCAGCAAUGUUGAAUACAUCCUUAUCAAGGCAGCUUAUGGCCAAGGAUUACAGCAGAGCAGAAUUGCAAAUAUCUCAAUGGAAAUUGCAGUCAAGUUUGAAGAAAUGCAUCUAGGCAGACCUCUAGCUCAUUUUGUAGAGCAGUGUAGGUGUCCUGCUGGUUACACUGGAUUGUCCUGCCAGAGCUGUGCUCCAGGAUACUACAGGGGGAAGCAUACAGAAGUUAGUGCAAGAGAGCCUCACACUCUGAUCACACCUUGUGUGCCAUGUCAGUGCAACAACCACAGUGAAACCUGUGAUCCUGACACUGGGAAGUGCUUGAACUGCAGAGAUAACACAGUUGGUGAUUACUGCAGUACUUGUGCCCCAGGCUACUACGGGAAAGUAACUGGAUCUGCCAAUGACUGCUCUCCUUGUGCCUGUCCCAGAGCCAAUCCUGUCAGUUUUAGUCCCACUUGUGUCCUGAAAGGUGAUCAUGAUUACCACUGUGAUGCCUGUCUCCCAGGAUAUGAAGGACAGUACUGUGAAAGGUGCUCCCCUGGCUACUACGGUGCCCCUCAGCUCCCUGGUGGCAGCUGCCGUCUGUGCCAGUGCAAUCCGGGUGGUUCCAUUCACGGGAAUUGUGACGGUGCCACCGGGCAGUGCCCCUGCAAGCCGGGGGUCACGGGACAGCUCUGCCAGGAGUGUGAGCCGAGGCAUCUUCUGCUGGAAGAUGAGUGUGUCUCUUGUGAUGACAACUGCACAGGAGUUUUGUUAAACAGUUUGGACAAUCUCAACGAGGCCAUGCUUUCAGUGAACCUCACUGGUAUUGACCGUGUGCCCUAUGGGAUAUUGUCAGAAUUGGAGAAUGCAACACAACAUCUGAAGAGGUCUGUAGUUCCUAGAGAAGACCCAACUUACUCGUUAGAUACAGCAAAAGAAAAUCUUCUGAAUUUAUCAGGAGGAAUUGAUUACUUGCAUGAAGAGACAUCUAGAUUUUUGAAAAAAGCUCAGCAACUUGACACAAUGACUCAGAAAACCAGGAAUAAAAGUCAAGAACUGACUGGCUUUAUUGACACAGUGCAUACAACCAUCAAAGUACUUGCUGAAGUUGCUUUGUCACUAAAUGAAACACUCGGCCUGGAUCUGCCACUGUCAAAUGCUACAUCUCAGAGCCUGCAGGAUGAUAUUUCUGCCCUUUUGGAUGCAUUGCGCAAAAAGGAUUUUGUUCAGCAGCACCAUAAUGCUACCACAGUCCUAAAAGCUGCAGAAAAGUUGUUGACCCAGGUUCAGAAAGAGUAUCUCAAACCCCAGCAGGAACUUGCUGAACUAAAAAUGAACACCAGCCAAUUGUUAUCAAAGCAGAACAGCAGACUGCAGGAUGCCCAGGACCUAGUGAACGAGGCACUCGCUAACAUCAAUGAGACCCAUCGCUUGUUUCCUCUCAUCUCCAGCAACCUGGCAGAGUUAAAUGACAAAAAGCUAAAAAUAAAGGAAGGUGAAGAAAUCUCGACCAUGCUCAUUAAAGAAGGGGAUGUCCUACUGAAUGAUGCUGCUGCUCUUGCCCAAGAUGUAGAGAACUCCACAUUUAAUGUGGAAGUCCACCAGGAUGGGUUGGUCCUGUGGAGCACCAAACUGCGACAUCAUGUGGAUGACCUGGUGAUGCAGAUGUCUGUGAGAGGAGUGCUUGACUUGGUAUACAGAGCUGAGGAACAUGCCACCCAGUUCCAAAGACUUGCAGAUGCACUGGAGAGUGACCUUUCCAGAGUAAGGAAUGUGACUCUGAACACAACUGCUGCUAUCCACACUCACUCCAGCGUUAAAAGUGUGAUUGAAAGAACAGAAAGUUUGGCAGAUGAUGCAUCUAGAGUUAUGAAUGGCCCCUUGGAUUUACCAGAGGAGUCUUUCAGUCUUCUGGGAAAAGAAACUCUAUUGCUUAGCUCCAAAUUUCAGAAUGAAGCUAAAAAUCUGAAGAAAAAAAGUGAUGGACUUCUGUUUGGAUUGAAUGGGUUGAGCAAAAAGGUAGAAAAGAUUAAGGAAAGCACAAAUAAAAUUGGCAACCAACUUAAUGAUUCUCUUUUGACACUCAGAGCAUUACGUAACAAUACCAGGAAAUACAUGUUUGAAGUGAAAGAGCUGGCUGUGUCUGCAAAUACCAGUGCUGUAGUGGAUUUAAGUCACUUUGGGGAGUUCAGUGAAAAGCUAAUGAAUACGUCUUCUACAUUGUCCCAAGUUAAUGACACUUUGAGGAAAACAAGUGAGCUCAUUACUGAUUCAUCAAAAGCUGCAUUCACAGCUGAAAAAAAAGUUAAAGAAGUUGAAGCACAAGCAAGUCUUUUAUUGGAUAGACUCAAACCUUUGAAAAUGCUAGAGGAGAACCUGAACAGAAACUUGUCUGAAAUUAAAGAACUUAUCAGCCAGGCCCGCAAGCAGGCAGCAUCUAUUAAAGUUGCAGUGUCAGCAGACAGAGAUUGUAUUCGUGCCUAUCAACCCCAACUUUCAUCUACAAAUUACAACACUUUAACACUCAAUGUGAAAACUGCUGAACCAGAUAACCUCCUUUUCUACUUGGGUAGCAAUGGAAAGACAGACUUCCUGGCAGUGGAGAUGCGACGUGGUAAGGUAGCUCUUCUUUGGGAUUUGGGCUCUGGACCAACAAGGGUGGAAUACCCUGAUUUUCAGAUCGACAACAACAAAUGGCACAGAAUACAUGCCACCAGGUUUGGAAAAACAGGUACACUCAGCAUAGAGGAGAUGAACUCCAAUCAGAAGCCUUCACCUAAAUCUGGAACCUCUCUGGGGACAGCCAGCAUAUUGGAUGUUAACAAGUCAACCCUAAUGUUUAUUGGAGGACUUGGAGGGCAAAUCAAGAAAUCACCUGCUGUUAAGGUGACCCAUUUUAAAGGGUGCCUAGGAGAGGCAUCCCUAAAUGGCAAAUCUGUUGGUCUUUGGAACUACGUAGAGAGAGAGGGCAAGUGCAAUGGCUGUUUUGGAAGCCCACAGGAUGAGGACACUUCAUUCCAUUUUGAUGGCAGUGGAUACUCGGUUGUGGAGAAGGCACUCCGCUCAACAGUGACUCAGAUAUUAAUAUCUUUCAGUACCUUUUCACCAAAUGGGCUUCUUCUGUAUCUCGCUUCAAAUGGCACUAGAGACUUCUUGUCCCUUGAGCUUGUUGAUGGCAAAGUGAGGGUGACUGUUGAUCUCGGUUCAGGACCCCUUGCUCUUACAACAGAAAAUCGUUACAACAAUGGAACGUGGUAUAAAAUCUCAUUCAAUCGGAAUAAGAAGCAAGGAAUUCUGGCAGUCAUGGAUGCAUAUAACCUUAAUUAUAAAGAAACCAAGCAAGGAGAAUCUCCUGGGGUUGCCUCAGACCUGAACCGCUCUGAUAAGGACCCAAUCUUCAUUGGUGGGCUGCCAAGAUCAAGGGCUCUUAGGAAAGGUCUUAAUAGUAGAAUGUAUGUGGGAUGCAUCAAGAAUCUGGAAAUAUCUCGUUCCACCUUUGACUUGCUUAGAAAUUCAUAUGGAGUAAGAAAAGGCUGUGUAUUGGAGCCUAUUCACAGUGUAAGCAUCAUGAACAAUGGAUAUAUUGAGUUGGUACCUAAGUCCUUAAGCCCAGAGUCAGAACUGAUGGCAACUUUUGCUACAAAGAACAGCAGUGGCAUCAUCCUUGCUGGGAUCAGCAGGGGACUGGAAAAGCGACAACGAAGACAAGCACACUUGCCCUUCUUUUCUGUCAUGCUGAUUGAUGGUCAUCUUGCAGUGCAUGUUAAUGCUGGAGAUAGAGCAAGUACUAGGAAAGUAGUUCUUCAGUCUGCUAAUGGAACAUACAGUGAUGGACAAGAACACUCUGUCAUCCUAAUUCGGAAUAAGAGGAUCAUAACUGUACAGGUGGAUGAAAGUAAACCUGCAGAAUUGAGGCUUGGUUCAGCAGCAGAAAAUAGCCCCAUUAAUAUUUCCAACUUCUAUGCUGGUGGCAUUCCAGCAGGAGAUGGCAUCUUAGGGCUAAAAUUGGCUGGCUCCUUUCAUGGCUGUAUCAGCAACCUUAUUUUUAACAAGGAGCUUUUAUAUUUUACCACUUCCAUGAAGUAUGAACAUGUGGAUAUGGACAGCUGCUUUCUGUCAGAGAAGCCUAAAACAGCUGCACAGCCAUCAGACAUUGUGAUUCAACCUGAACUUCAGGCUUUACCUGUUCCCUUGAGACCUCUCACAGACACAAAAAAAGUAGUUUGUACAAAAGAUGAGCUGCCUGAUCAUGUGCAAGGUGCCCAUCAGUUUGGACUUGCCAAAGGCAGCCACCUGACCCUGCUCUUCAAUCAGUCGGCUGUCAGGAAGAAACUUUCUGUCCAGCUGAAUCUCAGAACCUUUGCCUCCAGUGGCCUGAUUUACUACAUGGCUCACCAAAACCACGUUGAUUAUGCAGCCCUACAGCUUUAUGGGGGACAGCUCCAUUUCUCAUUUGAUUUAGGCAAAGGAAAAGCAGUAGCUCUUCACCCUGCUGUUGUCAGUGAUGGAAAAUGGCAUACGGUAAAGACGGAAUAUGUUAAAAGAAAAGGCACAAUCGUUGUGGAUGGACAGGAACUGGUAGCAGUCAAUGCUCUGGGAGAUGGUAGCACCUUGGACGUGGAAGGGAAGCUCUAUGUGGGCGGACUCCCCUUAGACUAUGUGCCGAAGAAUCUUGGGAAUGUUACUCACAGUAUUCCUGCCUGCAUUGGUAGCAUGACAAUUAAUGGCAAACAACUGGAGAACGAGAGUCCUGUCUCUAUCUUUGCUGUGAAUAAAUGCUAUGAAACAGUGCAGGAUGGUACUUUCUUUGAUGGAAGUGGUUUUGCUGCUCUUGUCAGAGAAGGCUACAAAGUGCGGUCUGAUGUGAACAUCACCCUGGAGUUCCGCACGACCGUGGCGCACGGCGUUCUUCUCGGUGUCAGCAGCGCCAAGGUUGAUGCCAUUGGACUGGAAAUUGUACACGGCAAGGUUUUAUUCCAUGUCAACAAUGGAGCUGGCAGAAUAACGACUUCCUAUGAACCAAGAGGCACAAAUAGCUUGUGUGAUGGGAAAUGGCACAAGCUUCAAGCACACAAAAGCAAACAUCACAUUUCGCUGAUCAUUGAUGGGAAUUUGGUUCACACUGAUAAUCCCCACGUACAGUCAACAUCUGCAGAUACGAACAAUCCCAUUUAUGUUGGAGGUUAUCCUGCUGAUGUCAAGCAAAACUGCCUCACAAGCAAGAGCUCAUUCCGUGGCUGUUUGAGGAACCUUGUUUUGACCAAGGGCCAACAUACAGAAUUGUUUGACUUUAGCAGAGCUUUUGACCUGCGUGGAGUAUUUCCUCAUUCCUGCCCUGGGGCUGAGCACUGAACUGUAGCAAAGCCUGUCUGGAUUGAGAGAGGGUUUGUUUUUUUGAUUUUUUUUUUUUUGGAUCUGUUAUUUUGCAAUCUCAUUUCAUAAUGAAAAGAAGAACUGAUAAGAACCUGCAUCUAUUUGAUUUUUCUGGUUGUUUUCCAACUCAGGUCAUUUAUUUUUUUAAUCAGAAGCUCCAUGUCUGCAUUUUACUAAAUGGUUUUAAACAACAAAUACCUCUACAACAAUUUUAAUGGCAUUAUUUGGUUAUUUUUCUUUUGGGAAUUUUUAUUAAUCAGUGUUUACAGUAUGUUAUCUUUUGAUUACUUGACAGUAUUUCAUUUUACUGCGUGCUGGUGGUUUUGUAAGAAGGUAAUAAUUUUGGACCAUAUAAUAAAACCACAAUAAACUGCAUUAUUUCAUGUAUUUCAGUUGUCCAUGCAUUUCAGUUAGAAGAAAAAGAGCUGGAAGGCUGAGAAGUUAAAAGUGUGCCCACUACAGGGGGUUGGAACUGGAUAAUCUUUAAGGCUUCUUCCAAUCCGGGCCAUUAUGAAACUCUGAUUAUAUGAAAUGUAAGUGGACAUAGUCCAGCAGAGGGAGCAGGAGACUGACUAAAGGCAUAACUUUGAAGGUCUCAGAUUAAGAGUUUAAUGAAUAGAAUUUUCUUAGUUACAUUUCACAGGGUAGCUCCAGCUCCUUUUCCUUGUGCCUUACUAUCCAGUGCUUCUGACACUCAUUAUAGAUACAUUGGCUAGACAGAUUAUGUUCCUGUUUAUGCUCUCAUGGAAUCAGCUUCAGGACAAGCAGCAUCCCUAUGGCACAGAGAUGCCUGUGAAGUGAUGUGCUGCUGAAGAAACAAAUUGGGUCUUAUUUGGGAAAAACUGUGUAUUUUGGCAAUGCGAACUACUGCAUCAUUCUUUGGAAAACAGUAUUUCUUACAGACACCGGGAGGCAGCUUUGAGGCCAGCCUGCAGUUGUAUCUUUGUCUUUUCUUACCCUGCUUGGCUCUGUUUCUAAAAUGAGUCUUCUAGUAACUGUUCUUGAGCCAGGUUUGGGGAACAUGUGCUCAGUCCCAAUCAAGUAAGGACAUCCAUUCAUCAACUGGCCAGAUCACUGAGCAGUGACAAACGUGUCUCAUACUUUAAUAUGCAUCUAUAAUAAACAUAGUUCUUUGCAAGUUACUUCCAUCUCCUCUUUUUUUUUUUUUUCUCUUUGAACUAGCAGUAUUUUUGUUUGCUCCUUGCAAUUUUAUUGGGCUUGUACUAUGCAUUUGUACAAUUUGUUCUAAUGUUAGUUUUUCUCUAUGUAUUUUGUACUAGUUUAAAAAAUCCUGGCUGAAAUGAAACUCCAAAGCAGUUUGCCAUAGCUUUCAAUGAGGCAGGAUUCCAAGCAGUGUGUUUUGUGCAUUGCAUAGAGGUAGUCCGAGGGAAGAGCUCCUGGAGCAAAGAGCUCCUCCACUUCAGCAAGGGUGGCAAAACAUGGUCCUGUGUACAGCUGUUCAGGUGCUGUAACAACACAGCUUUUUUGCUUUUAAAAAUUUUUAAAUUGCUUUUCUGCCCCCUGCUUCUAUCCAAAAUACACGUGCUUAGAUUUGAAGAGCUGGCUUUGUUGUAUUUGUUUUUAUUUUUGACAUGGAUACAAUACAGUGGACACACUGCUGUACAAAUACACUUACAUGUUGGCAUACUUCAACAAAACACAUAACAUAAUGAGGAUUGUAAGGGAAACGUACAUACAAACACUUCACUUUGAUUAGUGGCAUUGUAUUAUUUUCCAGAGAAGACACACAUGAAAAGAAACCCAUUGAAAAAUAAAAAUGAAACACUGUGUGUUUGUAUUCAUUGUCUAUUAACCCCAACAUCUGAUCUCACAAGGUUCACAUUACAAGCAUAAUUUAGGCAACAUGUUUUGGAUAAAAUUUCAUCCAUAUCCCAAAAUACGUAUUUUACUAGAUUUUUUUUUUUUUUGUAAUUUCAAAUCUUGCCUUAUACAAAAAGAAAUACUUUGUCAGUAUUAAUGUGAAAUUGAUAAUAGAUUAAGUAGUAAAUGUCUAAGCCAAAACAUUUUUCCUGGAAAAUGCAGACUGAGGUAGUUAAUAUUAUACAUGGACACAAACACAUUUGCACACACACACACUUUCUAAUGACAUUCGCUGCAUAUACAGGUUAAAGCAUUCCAGUCUGUUUUGCAACACCUGCUUUUUACAAUACUCUCUCUAUGUGUCGAUAUGCAAAAUGCUGUCCUUGUAGAACCAUGGAGUAUAUAAAUGAUUGAGGCAUCUUUGCUUGCUACCACUUUCUUACUAAUAGCUUUCCACAUAUGUUACUUCUUUUUAGGUGACAAUCCUCUUGCAACUUAAGUUUUGACUUCAGCUUCUAUCAGGAGAAACAAAAUUCCUCAUGCCUCCACCAGUAUGUUGUAAUAUAAGACCUGAAGUUAAAACCUCGUAUUUCAAAAUACCAUUGAGCUUGUUCCAUUUGUCUGCUGCAUAUUAAAUCAAGUUAGUGUACCAAAACAAUACAAAACAACUUAAUGUGGUACAGUAUUAACCACUACACAUGGGUCAUUAGGGCCAUUUGUAUCAAAACAGAAUUCUGUCAUUCUUUUUCAGAGACAGGAGGUAUUUGGCCAUUUUAUAUAGAAUAUAGUUCAUCUGCUAAUAUGCAUGUCUUACAAAGUUACAGGCAGUUUCAGCAUAAAACAAGAGCUCACAGGGUGGAUUUUAUAACAUCAUAUUUGACUUUCCUAAGUUGUGAAGUGGUAAAAGUCUUCCAAAACCCUCUGGUAUUCUAUACAGAAUGCAGGGAGAUCUAUUUCAGAAAUAACAGUGAUGAGGUCCAGAACAUGCUGAGCAAGUUGCAGCAUGAACAUGGGGCUGCUCUGUCCUUUCCCUUGCACAGCCAUUGAGAACACAGAGGGAAGUGAGUGGGCAAAAUGGAGGAGGUCAAUGUAUUUGUCUGAAAGUAUUGUAGGAAGUUAGCUCGUUUGCUAUGACACUGCAAAUUACUUUCUUAAUGUUUAGGCUUUCUGUAUAGUCACAGCAUGCCUUUUAGUUGGCUAUAGAUACAAUGAUGCUUAGCAUUUAUCUGAUUCUCUUUAUAUUCAAAGCACUUUCCACAUAAAAAGCCUUUGCUGGGUUUGGUCUUCCCAGAUGGAUGUUCAUUACUCCUGAUCUGCUCAGGGAAUUGUUUGGCUACAUCUGAGAGUAGAAUUUAACUCAACUAAUUCUCAUGUUGCCUUUAUACAGAAAGUACUAGUCCUGCUUUACAGCUGACAUUCAAGGGCAGCAUAAGCACAAAGAGCUGUCCAUUGCCACAGAGGGAACUAAAGGGUAUUGGGAGCAAAGCACAAGACAAAAUGUUUAUGCUUAGUCCUAUAAACAAGCCACAGACCUACUAUCUCUUGUAUACUUAAAAUAAAUAGUUUUCAAAAUAAGGAGUGUAUUUUAUAAUACAAUUGUCCUGUUUUUUUUCCUGGCUGCAACUGCGUUUCCUUUAGUGUUAAGAAGAAAAAGGAAAAACAAAAAAAAAA